GUGUAAAACUUUUUUUUCUCCUCUCAGGGCAAGGCUCAAUGAAAUGUGGAGGUUUUUCUUACAUACUGUCAUGCAGUCAUCUACCAGUCCAAUCACUGAGUCAAGUGAGAGUUUACACCUCUGAUGGUCAGAAAGGGGGCCCUGUAUCAGGCCCUGAAGGAACUGUGCACAAAGCUGGAACAGCACGGGAUCCUAGCAGUGCAGGCCAAAAACCACUUAUAUUGCAAGAGCCAAUCCAAGUAAAAGUUAAAGCCGUUCUUAAAAAGAGAGAAUAUGGACCAAAAUACACACAAAAUAAUUUCAUCACUGGUGUCCGAGCAAUAAACGAGUUCUGUCUUAAAUCCAGUGAUCUAGAACAGCUGAGGAAAAUCAGACGACGGAGCCCCCAUGAGGACACUGAAGCUUUUACUGUGUUUUUGAGAUCAGAUGUGGAGACAAAGUCUCUAGAAGUUUGGGGAAGCCCAGAGGCUCUUGCUAGAGAGAGGAAACGGCGUAAAGAAGCAGAGAUAGAAUACAGAGAAAAUCUGUUUAAAAACCAAAAGCUAUUAAAGGAGUACAAAGAUUUUCUUGGGAAUACUAAGCCCCGUUCCAGCACAGCUGCAAUGAUGCUCAAGGGACCAGGAAAGGUGGUGAUGGUUGCUAUUUGCAUAAAUGGGUUGAAUUUUUUCUUUAAAUUACUUGCUUGGGUUUACACGGGUUCUGCAAGCAUGUUUUCAGAAGCUAUACAUUCUUUAGCAGACACUUGCAACCAGGCUUUGUUAGCAUUGGGCAUCAGUCAGUCUGCAAGGACGCCAGACCCUAGUCAUCCAUAUGGCUUCACAAAUAUGCGUUAUAUUGCCUCCCUAAUUAGUGGGGUUGGCAUUUUCAUGAUGGGCUCAGGACUUUCCUGGUAUCAUGGAAUCAUAGGCUUACUUCAUCCUCAGCCUAUAGAAUCUCUUCUUUGGGCUUAUUGUAUUUUAGCAGGCUCACUGGUUUCUGAAGGAGCUACCCUUCUUGUUGCUAUAAAUGAAAUUCGGAGGAGUGCCCGGGCCAAGGGUCUGUCAUUUUAUCAAUAUGUUAGGCAGAGUCGUGAUCCUAGUACAAAUGUGGUGUUGCUGGAGGAUGCUGCAGCAGUUUUGGGUGUGACAUUAGCUGCUACGUGCAUGGGUUUGACUUCUUUAACAGGCAACCCUUACUAUGACAGCCUGGGAUCUCUAGGUGUGGGAACUUUGUUGGGAGUUGUCUCAGCUUUUCUCAUCUACACCAACACAGAAGCGCUGCUGGGACGAUCUAUUCAUCCUGAGCAAUUACAGCGACUUACUGAGUUAUUGGAGAGUGACCCUGUUGUUAGAGCAAUUCAUGAUGUUAAAGCCACAGACUUGGGAUUGAGCAAAGUGAGAUUCAAGGCAGAAGUAGACUUUGAUGGACGGGUUGUGACUCGUUCUUACCUGGAAAAGCAAGACAUUGAACAGCUGUUACAAGAAAUUCAGCAGGUGAAAACUCUUGAGGAAUUAGAAGCCUUCAUGCUUAAACAUGGAGAGAAUGUUAUUGACACACUGGGAGCUGAAGUAGACCGGCUUGAAAAGGAGCUAAAGCAACGCAAUCCUGAUGUUCGACAUGUAGAUUUGGAGAUAUUAUAGAUUUGACAGAAGAAAUCCUUGGAUUACUCUCUUUUUGGGAACAAGUUUGCACAGAGAUGGAAUAGCUAAUGAAACGGCAGUCACCUCAAUACCAUACCUCAUUUACUUUACGCUGUGUGCUUCCUGAACUGUUACUGAUUCAGUUUCCAAAAUGGGGUUAGACUGAAGGUCAACAACUUUGUCUAGAAGUUCAGUUCAACAAAAGCUACUUUGCAUAAUUUUUAUACGAGACUCUUUGGAGGUGCAUUUAUUUGGGAUUUGGAACUUAAAUCUUUUAGUUUCUAUAAGGCAAAUGUUAAUGCCUGAAAAUAUGCAGAAUAUAGCGUCUCCAUUUUCAGUUUUUUGUUGGCUUGCACAUGAGUUUGCUGUCAUUUAACUCCUUCCUUCUAGAAGCCAUUGGAGAUACUUGCAAGAUACAAAUAUUUAAUGCUAAUAGGCUUUAUUCCUUUUUUCCAACUGUAAGUUUUGAACCAGUUAUAUUCUAGCAGUAUGGUCUGUCUUCUCUGAGACCAGUCCCUCCAAAAGGAAUUGCUCUUUUCUCAUGUUUCACGAUCUGGAAACUUGCUUCUGUCACUUUUGCAAUUAUUGACAUAAUCUCAGAGGGUCAGAUCAGUCUCUUGAAUGCAGUUGGCUUUGUGCUUGGUCCAGGCCCUAGAGUACAUUGGGUUACUGAUCAGGAUGUAGAAAUCUCAAUAAAUGUUUUUGUGUAGAUGAUCUUGGCCUAUGUCUUGUGGUAGACAUCCUCUCUUCAGACUCCCUCUGCUCCCCUUUUUUGUUUUAACUUCCUAACAUUGGAGGAUAUAACAUGGGAAGUGAUUUACUAUAGUACUUAGUUGUUUUCUGUUAACUCUCAUUUGGCUUUUGUUACUUUUAAGAGGCAGUGUUCUACAGAUGAUCUUUGCUUGUAGAGGCAAGAGGUGUAUAAAAGUUUUUGUUACUUUUAAGAGGCAAUGUUCUACAGAUGAUCUUUGCUAGUAGAGGCAAGAGGUGUAUAAAAGUUUUAACACAUUCUAGAAAUAUUUAUAAUUAAAUAGAUAUGAAGAUUAUAUAUUAAUUUAUUUACACAGGCACUACUUGUAUGAAUCUGUAGAUAGCUUUUUCAUUUUUCAAAACAAUCCCUUUGUGUGGGGGAAGUAAAAUGAUUGUGCGUCAUGGCUCAGUAAUCCCAAAACUGAGUGCAUAAAAUUUACAUGUUUGAAAUGUAGGAUUCUGGUGUUACAAAAUAGAUUUCUAGCAUAAGGCUUUCUGCAAUAGGUAUCUAAGUCAUAGCAGAUUCUGUACAAAAUAGCUUUUAAUAAAGGCCAAAUGAGUACAAAUCCUGCAAAUCUGGUAAUUGAAAUAUUAAUGGAAUAAUUACAGAUAAAUCUUUCUCCAGGAAAAAAAUCCUUUAUGCACUUUAAAACGUUUCAAUAACAUGAAAAUUGCUCAUGGAAGAGAGGUGACAGUAAGAGCAUCCUGAUGAUUAUUUUGCUGAGUAGUCUAGUGACUGACAUACCGAGGGGCAGAAAAGUUGAUAUGGAACACAAGUAAUCAAAAUCAAUUUGUUGAGAUUAAGUUGUAUGCAUUGCAACAAAUAAUAAUGGUGGAGACCAAAAUGUCAGGAUUUGAUUAAGUGCUUUGUAAUAGUAUUUUUUAAAAUGUAAAAUGUCAUUUGGCAGUGAAUUACGAGAAUUUAAAAUAGCAUGCCUUUUGACAGUUGCAAAACACUGCAUGCUGUGCAUUUUAAAUAAAAUGACAUUCCAGAGUUUGAGGCUUUAUGUACUGUAAUGUGUAUAAUGGAUAACUUUGUCACAUAGUUGGCAGUGAAGGGUCUGUUAGCACCCUUGCCUCUAAUUGCUAUUCCUUCUCUCCUACCCAGACAUUUGUUUAUAGCCUAUUAGUUCUUAAUCUAAGGGAAGGCUCCAUUUUUAUCUGUCUGUCUCCCACUGCACUACUAAUUAAUCUGUAGUAUAUACUCAAGACUGAUAAUUAGAGAUGUGUUUAAUCAAAAGUGGUAUUUUAAAGUUAAUGUCACAUGUUUGUAAAAUGUUACAAUUUUGUGCAUAGUGUCCCAAAUAACGAAUAAGGGACAUUUUAGCACGUUUUGAGUGGUUUAGUUUUGAGUCUUCUCCACAUCUCACCAUGUAUUCUGCUGAUCACCUAAUCAUCCUGGAAGAACACUGGAACUCAACUGUGAUUAAUGCAAAGUCUGUUUAUCUUGCUUUCUCUCUCUUCUGUUCCUCCCAUAAUGCAUGCAAUUUUUAAGUAUAAAGUAUUAUACAAUUUCUGAAGAAAAAGUAAAAAUGUUAAAAACUUGAAAGGGAAUGGCAAAAAUGUGAACAUUGCCUCUGGUCAUGCUCUUCAGUGGUGGAUGUGACAGGUAUGCUAGGCCAUUGUGAAUGGGUGUCAUUAAUCUGUAAGGGAGUAUCUCUGUAUGCUGUGUUCCUGAAACCUCUGCAAAGGUUAGUAAAUAUUAGAUGUGUACUGUAAUACCUUAUCUAAUUUAAAGAGCAACUUAAGAACAUAAUUUUAAAGUGCAUGCUGCUCUGAGAAGUGUGGGGGGGAAAUGGCAGUGCCUCAAUUUUAGCUGUUGCGUAUAUAUGUGCUCGUGAUAUCAGUGACAAAAAUAAGAUUUUACUGCUUUUUACUGUCUUUGCAGUGCUAUGAGAGUGAGAGCUGGAUUCUGUCAUCAACAAGAUUGAUUAAGUUCCAGUUGAUUACAUCUUUGUUACCCUGUUUGCAUAGGCAUCAUUAAGAUCUUAAUUUUAUUUACAGAGCCACUUUCGUUGGUGGGGAUACGAGAGGAAAGAGCCCAGCUUGAUUCUCAAAAUCCAUUAAAGGUUUUCAUGGCUUGUGUUAAGUUAAAACAGAAAUUGGCGUAAUAAACCUGGUACCUCACUUUAGUUACUUUCUGAAGGGAAUCUCACUUUGAAGUGGUAGCAAUUUAAAAUGUGUGUACACACGACUUUGAUUUAAACUGUAGUAUUUUUCUGAUCUAAAGAAUUGUUUGAACUGGGUCUAGGAUAUGGUUUAACCUCAUUACAGUAUUCUAGUGGGAAACUUUUUUGGGUGGGAUAGCCAGUUUUCGUGGGAGGAUAUUUUGGAUAAAAGUAAACUUGCACAGUACUAAGGAAUUGGGGUUUUUCUUCAUGAGCCAUAGAUGUAACACAUCCCUUAAUAUUAUCUCUCUUGAAAGAGUGGUAAAAUGAAUGGAGAUAGGAAUCAUCUACAGUUAAAACAUUGUUGAUUUUUUCAAUACAUCUUUGUUUCUUAAAUAUAUUUUAUAGAUUCUGCUGCCCUUAUAGUCUUUAUUUCCCGCUAAAUAAAGGGAUAUAAUUGCCCAAAUCUAGUUUUUGUAAAAUAAAUUUUCAUUAUUUGCAGGGUAUUUCAUAAAUUAAUCUGGAUAAUAUUAAGGCAAUGCUGAUUGACAGGAAAAAUGUACUUUUGAGGAGUGAGUCUAACCACUGCAUCCACUGACGGCUCAGUGUUAAGGUUUUAUUAGACAUUUUUGUUUUUGGACUUUUGUGCCACUUUCCUGAAUAAGUUGUCCUCUGAAUCUGGACAUAGUAUCCUUUCCUCUUCAGAUGAGACCUUCACUGCGGUUAUCAAUAGUUAUAAUCUCUAGGCUAGGGACUAGUUUCAAAAGCUUUCCGUGGGGCUAACCUUGGAGGCUGUCCAGAAACUUCAACUGGUGCAGAAUAUGUGCGGCUACCUGACAGUUGAGUUAGGGCAAAGAGGUAGGAGUAUAUUGUACUUGUGCAUUGAAUUUUGGAUUGACUCCCAAUUCACAAUGGAAUUUAAUUCAAGAUGCUGGUUGCUAUCUGUAAAGCCCCAAAUGGUGUAAGACUCAGUUGUUUGGUAUUGUUCCACCUGGGCUCAGCAUAAGUGUCUCAGGUUUUUUUGUAGCAGGGAUGCAGGUCACAGGACCUGGACAUUUUCAGUGGUGUCCUCUUUUUUUUUUUUUUUUUUUUGUUGCUCAUACAUUCUGGAAAAGUCUGAGCCAGACUAUGUGCAUAUUUCAAAUGUGACAUAGGCUUUCUGGUAAGGUCUGAUUUCUCCUGAUAUUUUAUCCUACUAUCAAGUUUGGUUCUUCUUCGGGUGAUGUCCCCAUGGGUGCUCCACGCAAGAUGUAGGGCCAUCCUGGAGCCAUGGAGCAGAGCUUUUCAAGCAUUGUCUGAGCGCCACGCAUGCACGAAGGGAGCCUUGCGCUGUGCUCAGCUUGGCACCUUGCGUGUGGCUCACCCUCUUCCCCCUUCAGUUCCUCUUCUACCAGUCACAGCUGGAGCUCUUCAUUCUCCUCAGCUUCUCCUAUCUGGUUUCGUUUUCCCUAUCUCUUCACUGUGUGGUGAUGCUUUGGUUCAUCCUGUUUAAAAAAAAAAAAAAAAAA